AUGAUUACAUACGGUGAUUAUUGGGUCGAUGACACUUACAAGGGUGGUGAGACACGAGUGAGGGGUGUUGGGAGUGAUUUGUCAUUUUUGAGACUAGUGAAGCUGGUUAAAGAGGUUGUUGGGGUCAACUCACAUAAUGAAAUCGAGCUACAUGCAUCGCUCAGCCAUGCCACAGGGGUUUUGUGCGCAGUUAUCAAGGAUGAUGAAGAUGUAGUGAGUAUUUUACGAGAUGAGAGGGCAGUUGUUGUGUUUGUGACAGUUAAGGCAGGAAAUGCAAACAAAUUCCACAUGAAGGACGACACGGCAGAUCAAAACCGUGAGUUACGUUAUGACUAUGAAAAUGAUUACGUUGGCGGACAUGAAGACUGUUCAGAGGAUGAUAGGGUUGAGCAGACCGACAUUCCUUAUUGCAAUCAUGUAGAUAGCGGUAGAGGUCAUACCACAACUAUUGUGUUUGAAGAGGUUGAGUUGGACGACCAUUGCAGAACCAUUAAAUUAGAAGAUGUUGAGGGUGACCUUAUUUAUGAGAACACCAUCGCACUUGAGAACGACAUUCGUUCGCCUGAUGACAGUGAUGAAAAGAGGGUAAAUAUAGGGGUAUCUCAUCAAUGGAUUAUUCCCGAGCUAGAUAUGAUAUCCUUCCAAACAGUUGGGAGUGAGGAAUCCAGAUCAAUGGAUGACCACUUAUAUCGUGCAAAAGUGUUUCUAUCGAAGGCUGAAUUGAAACGAGCUUUGAGCAUGUUGGCACUAAAAGAGCAUUUUGAGUUUAGAGUUAAAAAGUCAUGCCACGUUCGUUUUGAGGUUGGUUGUAAGGAUAAGGCAUGCAAGUUUGCUUUGCAUGCAACGAAGUUGCCUGAGGGAGAAUAUUGGCAAGUUCGGACGUUGCAUAAGGUACACACACGUAUUGUCGAUGGUUUGCGAUAUGGGUACCGAACUGCAAGCACAAGGCUAAUUGGUGAGCUUAUCUCCAGCAGGGUGCAAGGAAAUUGUGUAACCCCAUUGAGACCAAAGGAAAUAAUGGAAGAGAUGAAUCGCAAGUGGGGAUUGCAAUGCCUAUAUGGUAAGGCCUCGCAAGCGAAGGAGUACGCGAAAAGUCUUGUGUUCGGUCUGCCGGAAGAGUCAUUCCAAAUCGUCCCCUCUUAUUUUCAUAUGUUGGAAUGUGAAAAUUUUGAUAUUGUGACGUGUGUCACUACUGAUGGGGAACAACGAUUCAAAUAUUGUUUUUGGGCAUUUAGGUCAUGUAUUUGGGGGUUCAGUGCUGUAAUACGGCCUGUAGUCGCUAUCAAUGCCACAUAUCUGAAAUGUAGAUUCAAGGGUAUUUUGUUUGUGGCGGUAUGCAAAGAUGCGAAUGAGCAGAUAUAUCCACUAGCAUUUGGCAUUGGCCACGUCGAAGAUGAAGAGUCUUGGUCGUGGUUUCUUAACCAAUUGCGUCGUGUGAUUGGUUGUCCUGAAAAUGCAAUGUUCAUUUCUGAUCAGCAUUUUGGCAUUAAGAAUGCAGUUGAGAAAGUGUACAAGGAUGCUCAUCACGAUCUAUGCAAUUACCAUUUAGGGAAAAAUGUUAAAAAUAGGUUCAAGCGCGAAAAUGUUGCAGCGAUUUUUACCAUGGGCGCCAAUUGCUAUAGGGUCGCCAAUUUUGACAGACAUAUGAAUCAGCUGAAAUAG